AUGGUCCUUCAUCACUUUCACCCAGAACGAUGGCUGGAGACAGACGAACUUGUGAUGGGCAAAGUCUCUCUCCACGAAUUGCGGCGCACUCUGGCACGUAUGGCUCGUGUCUCCAGUACCUUUUCUGGGCCGGCGCUGUGUGCACUGUGGUCCGUGAUUGACGACUUCGAACCUUUGCUACGCCUGCUCGCGUGUCGUCGCAUGGUGGCAGUCGAGAGCGACGAUAGCGGCUCCGAGGACGAAGAGAGCAGGCCAGCCCCUGAGCUCGAAAUCGAUUUCCUGGACACCCGGCAGGUCCUCGAAGGGGAUAUCAGCCCUUCUGACUGGGAACGCUUCCAAUACUAUGCUGCACUAGUCCGAGUCUGCUUAUACGACUACGAUCCAACGAUUGACUCAUCGGUCUACAUGCAACUCUCUCUGCGUAACGGCAACAAGCCACUGCUGCCCAACCUGCGGUACUUGAAGUGGCAACAGCAGUCGUGUAACGGCUCUGAGCUACUGUAUAUCAUCGGGCCUUCCGUUCGGCGGCUAGAGUUCGACUACGCUUCGAAGGCAUGGAGGUCCGGACGCGCUCGCAGACGCGACUAUGCGCUCAAGGCACUCUUGGACAGCGCGAGCAGUCGAGCGCCCAACCACGUGUACGUCCACCAUGUCGUCGAGUUUGCUGCUCUCAAGAUGCUCUCGUCCUUGGAGAGCCUCACGUCCUUACGGAUGGACAUAUCGCAUCUCAGAGACACGGAGGAGACAUGCGACGGUUUCGGGCGCCUCGAGUCGCUUACGGUAGAGGGCGAUGAGUCCACCUCGAGUGGGGCGGAGGUCACAACGGAAGGAUGUCGGCGCCGAUUGGAGAAUCUCCAGAUACAUGUCAAGUACCCGCGCCUGGGUUCGUUGACGCUUCGGAUUGCCUUCAAAGGCGAAGACAUCCCGACCGUUCCCGAGAUUAUCCAACCCCUGUUCGUCAUGAAGGAUCUCGAGGCGUUUGACUUCGACUUCUCCUCAGCCGCUCAUCUAUCGGACACAGACGUCGAAGAGAUCAUCCGCCAUUGGACAAACCUACGCUCCCUCCAGCUCGACCACAUCUUCACAGCCAUCGAGCCCACCGUACACAGUCUGGACAUCAUCGCGCGCGGCUGCCCACAUCUUCAGGAGCUCGUCCUCCCCUCCGUCUGCCACGAGUCGUACAUUCCCGAGAAGCCUUACGCCCCGCCGCACCACAACCUGCGGCGCAUCAUCUUCUACCGUGCCAUGAUCUCGGACAGGGCGCGGUUCACGAAGUACAUGUUCCAGAUUUUCCCGGACGUCGUCCCCUCGCUACCCUCGCUCUUCUACCGGCGUCCGUGCGAGGACUGGUGCCUCAUUGUGGACAGCUUCCGGCCCGUCCACCCCAUCUGA